GCUUGUGGGGCGUGGGACUCCAGACAAAGAAGACACACUCACACACUCACGCACAACGCUCACACACACAAGAGUCGACUCGGACAGCUGGAAACGAUCUCCAACUCCUGGGACUACUUUUUCUAUUUUUUUUCACCCCCCUGGCUAACAAAGCUGUCAAAAAGGGGGAGCUCUGCGUUUUCCAGCUGUUUGGAUCCAUAAGUUGUGUUGCCAUAUGUUGUGUGUAAAAGUACGUGUGUAUUAACGUGCUUGGGAUGGCAAAGAGGGGCUGGCUCCGCUCUUAGCUCUCCGCCAUGGGGGGUUGCCAUAGUUACCCCACCGCCACCAAGGCGGACGGCAACGCUCCUCCCGACGUCUGCAAUGACAAACUGGGAAUCAACAACAACAUCUUGGACGCGCGUCCGUACCUCCAGCAUGAGUACACGUGCCAGCACAUUAACAACAUGGACAUGUGCGCGCUCACGUCCCUACCGCCCGGCGUGGACAAAACCGAGUGGUUGGCCAGCAAUACCGUGUGGUUUUUCAAGCACAUAAACCUGUUCUCCAGCGCGCUGUCCGAGUUCUGCACCCCCAGCACCUGCCCGACCGCCUGUGGACCGGGCGACACAGUUUAUUUUUGGAUUGACGACCAUGGCAGGAAGCUGAAGUGCUCUGCUCCUCUCUACUUUGACUAUGCCAUGUCCUACAUUCAGGACCUACUCACAGAUGAAGAUGUAUUCCCAACAAAAGCAGGCUCAGUGUUCCCCACGGGCUUCAUUUUCCUGGUGCAGAAAGUGUUUUUGUUGCUGUUCAGGACUCUGGCCCACAUCUACUGCUCCCACUUCCGGCAGACGCACGCAAUGGGCCUCCACCCGCACCUCAACACGCUCUUCUCGCACCUCACACUCUUCUGCCGGCAGCACGGACUGCUGGACGCCGAAGACACAGAACCGCUGGAAGACCUCAUCUCAGCUCUAGGACUGCAAGGAGGAACCUAGAACAUGGAAUGUGAAGGUUGGCCUUGAAAAGCAGUGACUUGGGAAAAGUACCAGGCCCCCGUUGUGUAUAAUUUUGUUUUUUUAAAUCGUGGAUAAAAUAAUGCUGCUUGCCUGCCAUUGACGGAGAUAGACGUCCAAUCCAUUUGAAAUGGGACGGGCUGACAGUGACAGCGUCAAUAGCAGCGAUGAGUUAAGAAACAAAAACAUUAUUUAAUUUGAUUAAAAACUGCACAAAGAAUCAACUGACUUAACUGACAAUCCAGUUAAAUGUGCACUCGUGUUUAACGUGCACCUGCCAUGAAGUAUAUUUUCAAGACUGCAUGAUACACACACAGUAUAUCCUCCACUAUAGGACCUAUGAAUUAUUUAACUUGUGUUUGUUUGUAUGUUAUUCUUGUGCCAGAAACACUUUUCUGCAAAAUAAAUAUGUAUGUAGAACAUCGGCAAAGUGGUCAUUCUUUUUCUAUAGAUUUACUGACUGCUUGAAAUACGGGCUAUACAGCCGAGCUGUCAAGUAGACUGAGACAACAUACAGUGAGGAGCAGAAGUAUUUGCACCCUUAGUGAUUUUGCAAGUUAAUCCACUUAGAAAAUAGGUAGAGGACUGAAAUUUCAAACACACAGUAGGUGCAUUUCCACACGUAGAGACACAAUCUUUAAAGAAAAAUCUGCAUCACAUUGUAUCAUUUUUCAAUAAUUUAUUUGUAAUUUACUAGGGUUCAUGUGUAUUUGUACCCCUGAGAAUCAGCAAUAAUUAUGACAAUCAAAGAGUUGUAUGUCAACUAAAGAUGUCCCGAUCGAUCGGCAUCACAUCAUAUUCAAAGUAUAGGAAUCGGCAAAAAAAUAUCGGACAUGCCUUUUUUUAAUCUAUAUACUGUAUAUUUUUUAUUUAAAUCGUUUUCUAAUUGUAUUUAACAUUACAGACAAAAUGUCUUACACUCAUCCAGAGUAGUUUUGGCUUAAAGUAGGGCUAUCAAAUUUAUUGCGUUAACGGCGGUAAGUAAAUUUUUUAAUUAAUCACGUUCAAUAAUUAACGUAUGCGCUGCA